AUGAGUACUCCAAAUGGAUUUCCGCAGCACUCGGGGACAUGUGUUACUCAGAGCAUGGAGGGUGGAGCAGUACAGGACCUGCACGCUAAAAAAGCUGGCAAAGCAGCGAAGAAAGAGGCCAGUGGCAAUGGGGUGCUUACCUUUGAAGAUCCUCCAAGUGUAGGGACAUCUUUAAAUGAAACUUUAAAGCUUCUACCAGAUGAACUCAAAGCUAAUAUGAAAAUUAAAUUGGUUACUCCAAGACCUCCCCUGAAACCCCGGCUGGAACGUGCUGCAUCUCUAGAUGAGAAAAGCUGGAGGAGGUGGAGACGGCUUAGAACAAGUCAGGAAAGUCUGACUGAUCCCAAUGAGACAAGUUCCUCAAACGGUUCCCUGCAGGAAGCGUCCCUCAGCCCUCCCAUCAGGGUUAGGGCAAGCCCCUGCCAGCAGUGCUGCCGGCAGAACUCCUCGCGUGGUUCACCAGAUGCCUCAGAAACCAGUUCCAUGGGGAAGAGCAGAGGAGGCACCUCUGACCUGGGGAAACGAGCCUCCGAGAUCUCCAGUGCCUUUGGUGGCCUUCUGCGGGGGAAAGCCUUUGCAGGCGGCAAACCCCGGCUGGCCCAAAUAAUGCCGGCUCGACCUCUGCCACCCAUGGAGCUCAAUGUGGCCUCUCACACACUGAGGACAGCUAAUAGGAUCGACUCAGAUUGUGUGGAUUAUCGACAUUAUUCUCAGCACAAGUUUGGGAGGGUAAGCGGCAGCUUGAGCGAUACCAAGCUACAUGGCAACGGGAUGGUCUAUGAUAGUUCCUCCACAGACUCCAUGAAAUCCACGUUCAGCCUGCUCACUCCCAUUCGCUCCAAGGAUGUUCGAAGCAGAAGCUAUUUGGAAGGCAGCCUUCUGGCAAGUGGUGCCUUACUGGGAGCAGAAGAACUUAGUAGAUAUUUCCCUGAUCGGAACAUUGGAAUUUUUGUGGCCACCUGGAAUAUGCAGGGUCAGAAGGAACUUCCAGUGAAUCUGGAUGACUUCUUAUUACCAACAGAUCCUGACUAUGCCCAGGACAUGUAUGUCAUUGGGGUUCAAGAAGGCUGUCCAGACAGAAGAGAGUGGGAGAUCCGCCUGCAAGAGACGCUAGGCCCUCACUACGUCAUGCUCUACUCUGCUGCACAUGGGGUGCUGUACAUGUCGGUCUUCAUUCGCAGGGACCUGAUCUGGUUCUGCUCAGAAGUGGAGUAUGCCACAGUGACAACUCGAAUCGUGUCUCAGAUCAAAACUAAGGGAGCUCUGGGAAUCUGCUUCACAUUUUUUGGGACCUCCUUUCUCUUCAUCACCUCCCACUUCACAUCUGGGGACAGUAAGGUGAAUGAGAGGAAACUGGACUACAAUAAAACCAUUCAAGCCCUUACACUUCCCAAGAACGUUCCGGACACAAACCCGUAUCGAUCCAGUUCUAGUGAUGUCACAACUCGGUUUGAUGAAGUAUUCUGGUUUGGUGACUUCAACUUCCGACUAAAUAAGGAUCGUGAGACCGUGGAUUCCAUCUUGAACCAGAACCCAGAAACAGACAUGUCCAAGCUACUGGUGUAUGACCAGCUUACUAGUGAAAUGAGUAGGGGGUCUAUUUUCAAAGGAUUCCAAGAGGCUGACAUUCAUUUCCGUCCUUCCUACAAGUUUGACAUAGGAAAGGACAGCUAUGACACCACUUCCAAACAAAGGACUCCUUCCUACACGGAUCGAGUUGUAUACCGCAGUCGGUACAGAGAUGACAUCCAUGCUGUCAAGUACUCAUCUUGUCCUGUGAUCAAAACUUCAGACCAUCGGCCUGUAUUUGCCUUGUUCCGUGUGAAAGUGAGACCUGGCAGAGACAACAUUCCACUUGCUGCAGGACAGUUUGACAGAGAACUCUAUUUAAUGGGAAUAAAGAGGCGGAUUACAAGGGAACUUCAGAAACGGCAAGAGCAAAAGGACCAAAAAUCCAGCAGCGUGUGUAGCGUUUCCUGAGCCGAGAACUCUGCAGUGCUUGUGUUAGAGGUGCCCGGAAAGAGGAUUUCAGGCCACAGCAAACUCUGCAGGGAAUUGUCUGCUUAAGCACCUCUUGGCAGUUGCUGUGGCUUGUGGAGAAUGUCUUAAACCUCAUCCUGGAUUCAUUUGCAUGAGCUAAUCCAUGUAGCUCAAGUGCUUUUGCUGAAGAAAAUGGAGUCAGUUAUUUAGGACAUCCAUCCCAACAGAUGUAAUUAAUUUAUUUUUAACCAUACUAUCUUUGGAAGCAACCGGAUGCAGUCUCUUGGUUCUAAGAUGAUUCCA